AUGUCUUGCUUGGCUUAUUGCUGUGCGUCGGCGACAUGUGGGUUGUGCUCGUUGGUGGCUUCGGGUAUUACGAGGAAAUCUGCGAGGAUUGCUUAUUGUGGUCUCUUCGGUGCCUCCCUCGUCGUCUCCUGGAUCCUUCGCGAGACUGGUGCUCCACUUCUCCAGAAACUCCCGUGGAUAAACACUUCGGAUACAUACACCAAAGAAUGGUAUCAGCAACAAGCCGUUCUUCGUGUGAGCUUUGGGAAUUUCCUCUUCUUUGCGAUCUAUGCUCUCAUCAUGAUUGGUGUCAAAGACCAAAACGACAGGCGUGACUCGUGGCACCACGGUGGUUGGGGUGUGAAGAUGAUCGCCUGGGCUUUGCUUGUUGUCCUCAUGUUCUUUGUUCCAAAUGUCAUCGUCUCAAUCUACGAAACAUUAUCAAAAUUUGGCGCCGGAGCAUUUCUGUUGGUUCAAGUGGUCUUGUUGUUAGACGCUACACACAAUUUGAACGACUCAUUGGUCGAGAAGGACGAAAGAAAAUGGUACGUGGCUCUGCUAGUGAUAUCAAUCGUGUGCUACCUUGCGACAUACGCCUUCUCAGGAAUCCUGUUCAUCUGGUUCAACCCAUCUGGUCAAGACUGUGGACUAAACGUGUUCUUCAUCGUCAUGACGAUGAUCCUCGCCUUUGUUUUCGCCAUCGUCGCUUUACAUCCCGCCGUGAACGGCAGCCUCUUACCGGCGUCUGUUAUAUCGGUUUACUGUGCUUAUGUCUGUUACACCGGUCUCUCUAGCGAACCGCAUGACUAUGUCUGCAACGGACUUAACAGAUCCAAGGCGGUGACUGCUAGUACUCUGAUACUCGGAAUGCUCACUACGGUUCUCUCUGUUCUCUACUCUGCUCUCCGAGCUGGCUCUUCCACUACGUUCCUCUCGCCACCGUCUUCUCCGAGAGCAGGUGGGAAGGAGGCGUUGUUAGAGGACGGGAAAGGGAAAGAUGGUGAAGGAGAGGGAAAGCCUGUGAGUUACUCAUACUCUUUCUUCCAUAUAAUAUUUGCGCUAGCGAGCAUGUACGCGGCGAUGCUGCUCUCAGGAUGGACCGACUCGACAGAGAGUGCGUCUCUGAUUGAUGUGGGAUGGACCUCGGUUUGGGUCAAGAUAUGCACCGGUUGGGUCACGGCUGGACUUUACAUCUGGACACUCAUCGCACCGCUCAUCCUUCCGGAUCGCGAGUUCUACUAG